CAAGCGAUCCCGGAGAGUACUGUGAUAAUAAGCCGAGGUCCCGAGCACAGGAGAACCGCCAAGCGUUCAACUGUGGCCACACCUCCUGCCCAGCCGUCAUCGCGUUUGGCGCCAGUUCUAAAGAAUACGCGUACGUGGAGUGCCGGGCCACAAUGCCGUAAACGUCACUACCAGACAUAGAAGUGUGGUAAUGGCCGUAUACUGUGCGGCUUCCCUGAAAGAAAUUCCAAGUGCACCUUACAGUAUAACGUCACACUAUCAGCCUUCCCAAUACAGCCAUUAUUUCCUGUCAUAUUCUCCGCAUACUGUACUCGUUCAAAUAACGCUUUACCAUUUGCCGUAGAAGGAGGCGUGGUGGGCGCCAUAUUUACUACUGGCAGGAGGCUGCAAAAGCUGUGUUUGGGCAGAUUGCCUUUGCCCUCCUUGUAUGCGUAGUUUAGCGGCCAUCUUUUGGUUGGUAACGACUUCGGUUUCUCGUUUAAAGAGGUCAUACUUAAGAUGCCGGUGUCCUGUGCUGCCUCUGGAUGCAAAUCGAGGUACACCCUGGAAGCCAGAGAAAAGGGAAUAACAUUUCACAGGUUCCCAAGAUCAAAUCCGGUGUUGUUAGACAAAUGGUGCCGGGCUAUGAAAAGAGCCACAGCCUCAGGGGAGUUGUGGAUGCCCUCCCGAUACCAGCGAUUGUGCAGCUUACAUUUUCAGAAAAGCUGCUUUGACACCACUGGGCAGACAAAGCGGUUAAGAGAUGACGUCAUACCCAGCAUCUUUAACUUCCCAGAAGAGAUGCAGAGUGAAGUGCCUGAAAACAAAGAUUCAUCUGUGACUGCAUCAUCUAGCAGUGACAUUCCCUUAGUGCUGGAAGUACAAGACGGAGAGCCAGAAGAGGAAAUUACAGCCAUUAACAUAGAUGAUAAUAUGCACUGCCAAAUGCAACUAAAGGAUCACCCAUAUUUCAUACCAGAUAUUGAAACACUGAAAAAGAAGUUGCAAGCGUCAGAGGAUUCAAGAGCCCAGAAAGAGAAAGAACUUAGGAAUGCAAAAGAUAGAGAGAAGCGCUUACGCCAGACCUGUUUUAGUGUUUAUCAGGAGCUCAGUAAGAGAAAUCUGCUGAGCUCACAGCUUCUGGAAACUCUCCAGCACUAUGAAGAAAUUCCAUUGGAACUGUUUAAAAAGCCUGAAUCAGAGUACUCUGCCCAACAGCGCCUGUUUUCCCUGACUUUACAACUGAAUGACCCGCUAUCAUACAGAUAUCUUAAGAAGGAAAUGAAAUUGCCCCUACCAGGGUCAGGAAGGUUGCGACAGUGGCUAAAGUCAAACAGAGAGGGACCUGGGCUUAAUUCUUCAGUCAUAGAAGCAUUGCUACAGAAAAAGCAAACACACCCACAUCUGUAUACACGGACAUGUAUUAUGGUGGAUACUUUGUCUAUUCAACAAAAUGUUUCCUUUGAGUCGCAGAGAAAUGAGUUUGUCGGCUUUGUGAAUUUGGGAUCAGGGGCAGUUGGAAGUGGAAGCCAAGAGGUUGCCAAUGAAGUACUGAUAUUCAUGCUUGUGGGAACAGCUGGUCACUGGAAAACACCUGUUGCCUAUUUUUUUGUCAAAUCCUUAACACCACAAGCACAAAAACAACUUCUUGUCCAUGUUCUGCAGGAACUGUGUGAGAACGACUUUGAGGUAGUUGCUGUAUUAAUGGAACGUUGUCCACGUAAUGAGGAAAUGUGCACUUUGCUUGGCUGUACUUUCACGGAUUCCUGCCAGCUGCAGACACACUUCUCUUUGCCCAACAGUGAUUACAAGCAUUAUGUUUUGUUUGAUGUGGGUUAUGAACUACAAACGGUCACUGAUACAAUAGAAAAGCUUGGUUAUAUACAGAGUGCAGAUGGAGUAAUUACGUGGCAGUAUAUUAAUUAUAUUAUGAACAUACAUAAAACUACUAGUUUGUUUCCUCAGCUUACAAAACUGCCAUUGUUGGUUAACAAACUAAGUCACACCGUUGCAAAUGCUCUAAGCUUUGUUCAAGGGUUACAGUAUGAAGAAUUAGAUGGUUUCCAGGCCACCGUAAGUUUUAUUCAGAUUAUUGGUAGGUUGUUUGACAUCUGCAAUAGCAGCAGUGUGCGGAUACAAGGUGACAAAGGCCCUAUAAAUCAUACCAACCUAGAAGAAAAAGUUCAAGUCCUGCAGGAGACUCGGGAAUACCUAUUAACUCUCAUGACAUGUGACAAUGAUUUCCUUUUCCAAACACCAAGCUCAUGGUGCACUGUUGGUCUCCUUGUGAAUAUUACGUCACUCGCAGAACUGUGUCCGUAUCUGUUGCUGGACCAAGAAUAUGUCACCACCUACAGGUUCCGGGCAAAUCACCUCAAAGAGUUUUUUAACAGUAUCAGUUAUGCAGGUGGCUCGCCUGUAAGUCCUACAGCACUUGAUGUAAAGCUUGCAAUAGAAAAGAUGUUAACCCAGGGUAGAUUAAUAGAUACGUACGUGGAGAAUAAGGUCUGCUCAAUAGACACAAGUAUUGGACGAAGCCUCCCUGGUUAUCUACAGCACCUUUCUUGUCCAUUUGAGGAGACCAGUAUUAGACUUUCUGGACAUUUUUAUUCAUCCCGCUUGCUAGAUGUCAAUGUCCACAAUUCUGAAAUGUUCAUCGCAGGCUGGGUUGUAAGGAAAGCUUUCAGACAGCUCUGCUGCAAUAAGUGCAGGUGGGCACUUGUUAUUGAUGAUCGCCCGCAAGACUUUACAAGCGCUUAUCACUUAUUGCAAGUUAAGGAAAGCACCACUUAUUUUAUGCCAUCAAAUGGAACAGUCAGAACUGUGCAAACAGCAGAGAAGGAAUUGUAUCGCAUGCUGAAAUAUGACAAUCCUAAGCAAAGGACUUCUGCACUUAUGUUGGAGUACCAUGUACUAUUAACAUUGGGUUCAACAGAUAUCUUUAAUCUUAAAGAACACAUCGCACACACAGAGUUGAACAUUGAUAAUCAUCACUUUCAAUUACUGCGUUUGAUCACCUCUCUGUACUAUGCACUAAGAAAAACCUAUAUCGCCAAAAUAACCCAAGCAAAGAAGCAGCGAGCUCUUGUGAAAAAAACUCUAACUGGAUCUCAAGGUUUAAUUUCGUUAAAAUGUCCUCAAAAAUAAUGUUAAGCAUAAACCAGUUCGCUCUUAUUCAAUAAGUUAAGCCAUUAUCGUUGGCUACUGCAGACAUGUUCCCAUAAAAUAUACAUUGUGGAGACAAUCAUGGAAACAACAAGUUGCCCAUCUGUUCGGGCAGAUGAAAUUGUAUGUAUUACAUAUAAAGGUGGACAGAGAAUUUGAGUUUCAAUGCUGCCUAAAGAUUGCACUUGAUCUACAGUAUUCUAUCUGUAGUUCCAUGUUAAUUGUAAAUGCUAAAUAAACUAUUU